GCUUCCAGUACUGUAGUGACACAGCUGCCACCAACGACACAGCAGUACUGAGGGACACUUGCUGAGUUCUUACACUUCUGUUUCAUAUAUAAUGCAUUCAGUAGUGUUCAUGAGGCAGGUGCUGUGUGUAGUGGGGGUGAUAGUGGCGGGGCUGAGCGCCAUGGUCCUCGCCCGUAAUCACAAGACACAAUUCUGCUCACAAACAAACCAGACUCUGUAUUGUGACUUUAAGAACACUAGCGAGGGCGUGAAUUUGACGACCUUGUGGGACGGGGUGAAAGAGAUUAACUUGACAGCAGCAACCUCUCUCCACGGGGUCCAGCCCUGUGGCACAACCCUCACUAUCUCGUCCUGCAACAAUGUCACACUUCAAGAAAAAGCUACAGGCCACACUCGUAAUAUAAUUAAUGGACCUCGCCAGGGCAAGGCAUUCAGUGUAGGUGAGGCAGACGAUAGAAGUGAUCCACAUCGUAAGAGUGCAUCACAAGUCACAGCAUCGCUUCCUCACACUGACAAGUUAUUAGGCAGGGAGAAUGUUUCACGUGGUGUCAGUGUUGAGGACAAGACAGAGCAGUGUUCAAGGAGCUUGUCGGUGGUUCAGUCCAAACUAAAGUGGCUUAGUGGCGAGUUUAAUGUGGCCACUCUCGAUUUAUGCGAAGUGGACAACGUGAUUGGUCAUUUUGGUACACUGAGUGUUCGUAAAUCGAAUAUAUCCAACUUUAUUGUCACCGGACACGAAGCGUUUAUUGAAGACACGACAAUGGGAAUUGUAUCCAAGCUGGAAGUGGAUAAAAAAUUACAACUUCACCGUGUUAAAAUAGAACGUUUAGCCUCACCUGGACUAGUUCAUCAGACCGCUAGUGGAGGAGCUAAUGGUAAUGGAAUACCCUACAACUUGAGCGACGUGACAGUAAACCUGAUAGAAAAUGGAUCAAUGAAUGUUUUGAAUGGGCGAGUGUCCGUGAACCACCUGAGAGUGAACAAGAUGAUCUCGGAAGCAAUCACUGUGGGUACUGAUGGAGUUCUUACACUGAAGAACAUCCACGUCCUUCGUGGCCCACAGACCUGCCUUGUUCUCCGUGGCACAGCAAGAGUUUUAAUCUACAACUUUACACUUGAGGACACCACCAUCACCAACCUCGACUUAGCCAGCAAAAGCUCUCUGAAAGUUCUCUAUCCGUUACUUUCAGUGAUGUCAAAUAAAGACGCAGUUUCAGACAAAUUCCUGGGUUUCACAUGGUACUGGGUAGUGAUUAUGACUGUUUCGGGUGUGUUUGCUGGAUUAGUUAUUGGCACUGCCAUCAUGUGGCGGAAGCGUGUUAUGAGUAAAUGCCAGCCAUCUAUAUUAACACUGGCGGACCUGAUACCUCAGGACAGACAAGAUGACAACGAGGUCCAUGCUACAGACAUGUUAGAACGACCGGAGCUCAGUCGACAAGACUCUGGAUUGACCUCAUCAUCGUUCGCAUCUUUCACACCGAUGCGACAGGACCCCGAAAUCUGUAUUACGUCAAUCACCGAACCCAACAUUUACAUUCACGUGCCAGCCCACUCGUGCACUCAGGAAAAUAUUGUGUACGAGGAGGUGGAGAAUAUGGCGGCACACAGACUGAAUUCAAUGUACCUUGCCUCACCAUCACUUACACCCCGUUUAGAGCAGCCCCGCCUCUCCACCCUCGGCUUGAGAAAGCAGCACGACGUAGACACCUGUCUCUCUCCUUAUACCGAACCAAAAGUUUAUGUUCACGUGCCACCCGACCCUUGUACCAACGAGGAAGUCAUCUUCGAGGAAGCGGAGACCCUUGCGGCACAAAAGCUGGACCCAAUAUAUAAUGCUAUGAAGUGAUCUCACCCCUUUCUGUCUUAGGUCAAGUACAGUCUAACACACUCGAGACAUUACUUUGUGUUGGUGGACAAGCUAUAAAUUGUCCGUUGUGUUUAACGCAUGCUGGACGAUACACUAGAUAGCACCACAUACUGCUGCAUGUAGGUGUUGUGGUUCCUGUGUUAACAUCCUAUGAAACUCGUGGAGACAUGCUGGAGCGACGAGGUACUACUAAGUGUGGAGUCAAUAAUGUAUAACAGAGUGUGGUGGCAACAAUUCACCAUACAGAGCAUGAAGACGAUGUUCCUGCCCCUGCACUGACCUGCAGAGGAGGUCCCUGCCUCUGCACCGACCUACAGAGUUCCUUACUCCUGGAAAAGAGGUCCCGACUUUUCCUUUGACCUGAAAAGGUCCGAUUUGUGAUUUAAGAUAAAAAAUUAUUAAUAUAUUGCUAAACUGAAUAAAUAUCUUAAAACCAGCGAAGUGGAGUAGCAGUCUGUGGUGGGGGAGAGGGUAGAUUGGUAGUCGGUGGAAGAUAUAGGAGUACUCAGCGAGUUAUGUUGAAAAUGCGGUACUCGGAGGGUACAGCAGAGUGGGAAAGGUGAAUUGAAUAAAUCUUCCUUCAUUUAGAAUAAAGCUAGGUUCCCUAGUAAGUUGAAAUAAUAUUUUAGUUGCAUCUAAACCAAGUCUAGUUGAAGGUCUGCCCUGGAAACCGUGUCAGUGUGCUCGCUGCCUUCAAUUGGGGUAUGUGAGGACAGGAUGAAGCCACAAAUGGUCAGUACAGAUAUGUACUACCAACAGUAACGAAGACAGAGAUGCAGAGCAAGCUUUAAAUGACUAGAUUAAGCUCUACGUAGAGCGAAGCGUCGUUGUCACAAUAAAAGCUUGAUCAGCACCCAUGUCUUCUUUUUUUUAAUGAAGGGAUAUUGAGUUUAUGUUGAGGGUGUAAGUCCUGCUAUGUGAAUGUGAGACGAGGCACUCAGGGAAAUCGACACCUUUCUACGUAUUAUUUUGAAGCCUGUGCAUCACUUUAAGUAAUUCAUCAUUGUUUUGCAAUAAAAUAAAAAGAAAU